UAAUGGGUGGAGCAACUACUACCUUCCACAGUCCUCAUUGGUGAAUUAGAGUUGCAUGGAGCUUUUUAACAAGUUUUUAUCUUGAGACCAAGUAUAAUCUGUGUUGGAAUUGCUGCCUUGUGAAUUCCAAGCUCAGGGCAAAAGUAGGGUAAAGGUAGAUACAAAGUAGAAGCUGAAACUAUAGCAAAGAGACAAUAUCUGGAGAAGCUGUAGAUGGUUUAAUUUUUUUUUUUUUAAAGAAGGAAUACCUGCAAGUUUGUUUCUGUGCACUGAACAAGAGAUUUUUGGUUUUAAUAAUUUUCCAUCAGAAAAGGAACUUGUAUUUGAGACAUUCAGACCAUCAAACAGGAGGAAAAGAAGCAGCCUGAAACAUAUCUCACCCAGUUAACAAAAACAGGAAUUACAUUGCUGGAUGAUGGAAGAAAAAAACCCUUCUAAAACAUGGGGAUAAGAAUGCAACACAUCUAUACCUGUGAUUCUGAAUUAAAAAGAAAAAUUGUCAAAAGAUCACUAUGCUCCAACUUGCAAACCUCUGUGUGUUAUGGUGUGAUAAUAACUUGGAUGUGCUGGUGAGCCCUACUUAAACUGAGAGUCUUUUUAAUUGAAAAAUCAUUAAGGUUUCUUUUCAAAACAACAGAUUGAAGAAUAAACAAAUUAAGAAAGCUAUUUCAGGUGACUUGGGUUGGGGGUGGGGGGAAGAUAGGAAAUGAGGCAGUGAGACACCUUUCAGGGAAAUCUGAGUACAGGUGAAGGAAAACGUGGAGUGGAAGUCGGAGUAUCUGAGGAACUGGAGAAGCAACCCAAGGAGAAGAAAGCCACCAGAAAAUAAAGGAGUAUGGCAGUGAUGAAGGAAAUUCUCAGAUCCAGAAACCUCUUGCUCGUUGUUCUCAUUCCGCUUCUGCUGCUUCCUCUACCACUUUUAUAUCCCAGCAGUGAAGCCUCAUGUGCCUACGUGCUGAUUGUGACGGCUGUAUACUGGGUCUCUGAAGCGGUACCUCUUGGUGCAGCAGCCUUAGUUCCUGCUUUCCUAUACCCGCUAUUUGGAGUCAUGAAGUCCAGUGAGGUGGCUGCUGAGUAUUUCAAGAACACAACUUUGCUCCUCAUGGGUGUGAUCUGUGUGGCAGCUUCUGUAGAAAAGUGGAAUCUCCACAAGCGAAUCGCCCUGCGUAUGGUCAUGAUGGCUGGAGCAAAGCCAGGCAUGUUGCUUCUCUGCUUUAUGUGUUGCACCACUGUGCUCUCCAUGUGGCUUUCCAACACAUCCACCACAGCCAUGGUGAUGCCAAUCGUGGAGGCAGUGCUCCAGGAGCUAGUGAAUGCUGAGGAGGAGCACGAGGUCAUCAGUACUGCAGGCAGCACAAUUGUUGAAGAAAACGAGCCAAUAGGUCUCAGCGAAAAACAUGGCCAGCCUUCACUGGAGCUUAUCUUCAUCAAUGAGGAUGCUACUACUACUGACUUCAGCUCCUUGAUGCACUCGAAGAGUAUGAACGGUGUGCACAUGAUAGCCAACCCUAUUGGAACGAUGAAUCCUAAGAGCAAUGGGCAGCACCUACCUCAGGCUCAGAUACUGGUCCUGCCUCCUAAGCCCUCAGAACUCGGCUUGAGCACUAAGUAUCGGUAUCAGACAAGACAUGACCAUAUGGUCUGUAAAUGCCUCUCACUGAGUAUCUCCUACGCGGCAACCAUUGGAGGACUGACAACCAUCAUAGGGACCUCCACUAGCCUCAUAUUCUUAGAGCACUUCAACAACCACUACCCAAAUGCUGAAGUGGUGAAUUUUGGAACCUGGUUUUUGUUCAGUUUCCCCAUCUCCCUCAUCAUGUUGGUCCUGACUUGGUUCUGGAUGCAUUGGCUGUUCUUGGGUUGCAAUUUUAGAGAGACCUGUUCUGUGAGCAAGAAGAAGAAAACCAAACGGGAAGAAAUGUCAGAGAGAAGAAUUCAAGAAGAAUAUAAGAAACUGGGAAAUGUUAGCUAUCCUGAGAUGGUGACUGGAUUUUUCUUCGUUCUGAUGACCUUGCUUUGGUUUACUCGUGAGCCUGGCUUUGUACCAGGAUGGUCAUCUUUUUUUGAGAAGAAAGGUUACCGGACUGAUGCCACUGUGUCUGUAUUUCUUGGUUUUCUCCUUUUCCUCAUUCCAGCAAAAAAGCCAUGUUUUGGAAAAAGGGAAAAAGGAGAUGGUGAAAAGUCAGCAGACAUUAAUGCAUUGGAUCCCAUCAUUACCUGGAAGGACUUCCAGAAGACCAUGCCUUGGGAGAUUGUAGUAUUGGUUGGAGGAGGUUAUGCCUUAGCAGCUGGAUGCAAGACCUCUGGCCUCUCUACAUGGAUUGGACGCCAAAUGCUCUCCCUGAGCAGCCUUCCCUACUGGGCUGUAACUCUGCUGGCCUGCAUUUUGGUGUCCCUGGUAACAGAGUUUGUUAGUAAUCCAGCAACCAUAACCAUCUUUCUGCCUAUUUUAUGCAGCAUGUCAGAAACGCUGCUUAUCAACCCUUUAUACACCCUGAUUCCUGUCACCAUGUGUAUCUCAUUUGCGGUGAUGCUACCAGUGGGUAAUCCUCCGAAUGCCAUUGUCUUCAGCUAUGGGCACUGCCAGAUUAAAGAUAUGGUGAAAGCUGGCCUGGGCGUAAACCUGAUUGGCCUGGCUGUUGUCAUGGUGGCAAUCAACACUUGGGGAAUUAGACUUUUCCAGCUGAAUACUUUUCCAGAAUGGGCAGCAGUUGGCAACAUCACUAGCCAAACAUAAUCUCUAAUGAAAAAAAAAAAAAGAAAAAAAAGAAAAAAAAAGAAAAAAGAAAAAAGUGCAAGACCAAAGCGAGUUGGGACAAAAUAUUAAACUUACAUUGCACAUAUGAAAGAAAGGAGAAAACUUGUGUAUACAUAGAACCAGGAUCCAUAGCAAAACCAUGAAGAAAAUCCACAGGGAGGUCUUCCAUGUAAGCUCUUCAGUUGUGAAAAUCAGCAUGAGUUAAAAGGCGAGAUUAGCUUUGCUCUGUUGUUUCAUUUCCUGGGAUAUCAUAACUCUGAAAAAAACCCUCUCCUCCAAAUUCUCUGCCUAUGGCUCUUUCAUGCCCUGGAACAAUUAUGUAAGACUUGUAAAAUAGGCGAUAUAGGACUCCAGUGACAGAAGACAAGUAUACAUACACCGGCGUACUCCGUAGUAGGAUAUCCAGUCCUAGCAUUGACUCCUAGAAUGAAUGAAGGGUGAGUCUAAUUCCCAAACCCAGAGCUUUACAAGCCUACUACUUUUAAAGGCAAAUUAUUAUUCCUCUUUUGAGGUCACCCAUCACUGUAUUGGAAAAAAACACUUUCCCACCUAACCCAUAUGGCCUGGACAGAAAUACAGCUACCAGCUACAGCACUUCAAAGGGAUAAUAGAAACCACCAAACAGAUAGGAAGAAGUCUCCUGGGAAGAAGAAUAUUUUUUUUCCCCCACAGCACUAGUAUAAAAUUUCCAGUAUUGCAAUACUUGCGAUCUCUACUUUGGAAGGAAGAAGUUCAGAAACAGACAGAAAGUUUUGUUCAAUGCCUUCUUUCCUUAUCAUUGUCCUGCAGUGGGAGUUUUUUCAACAGGGGAAGCUGUGACCAGCAAAACCUUACCAGGUCGACAGACCCAUUGCUCUCCUCUCUCUUUGGCUGCUGUUUAGAUAGUUACACAGUUACGAUUCCCCUGAGAGAGAAAGUACAAGAUGGCACUCAGUGCUGCUCCAUGAGUAAGAAGGGAGAGGGCUGAAGUGGAGUGGUGCUGGUGUAUCUCCUCAUCACGUGCGUUCACUUGAACAUCACACCCACCUGCUCUCUAGCAGCCCAGAGAACAGGAACUUCAAAUUUAGGAAACUGUGACAUACAGCAGAUAACUACCAAACCAAAAGGCCAAUCUCUUUAUCACCUGCAAAGUGAAUGCCCUGUUUUUCUGACUGGAUCCCUGCGGUACUCAGUAAACCUUCUCUUGUAUUAUGUCCUGUUUUUAAUCAUUUCUUUAACGUCAAUGCAUUUAAGCUGUACAUUAGGAUGAUUGGAUCUCAUGUAAUCACACUCUUUAUAUAUAUACUUUAAUGAAUUUUUAUGCUUUCCAUUUAU